AUGCAGCCUCCAGAAGGUGGGCAGGUCGACCUGGGCAAGGCCCAGGUCAUAGACCGUGUUCCGAAAGUUAUCAAGGAAUUGAAAUUCGGUGUUUUGUCCAACGAUGACAUUGUCAGCCAGGGUGUAGUCGAAGUUUCGGAUCGGAAGUUUUUCAACCUUGAACAUGACAGAGCAGUCGUCCCUCACGGUCCGCUUGACCAGCGCAUGGGUAUUUCGAGCAAGACCGCGACCUGUCAGACAUGCGGUGGUUCCCUCCAGGUCUGCAACGGCCAUUUCGGCCAUGUGAGGCUCGUCCUGCCAGCCUUCCAUGUCGGUUACUUCAAACGUGUUAUCAGCAUUCUGCAGGAGAUUUGCAAGGAGUGUUCUCGAAUCCUACUGCCCGAAGCGGAACGCCGUGCUUUCCUCCGCGAGAUGCGCCGACCGGGGCUGGACAAUCUUCGACGAUUGCAGAUCGCCAAACGUAUCAAUGAGCGCUGCCGGAAAACGCGGACUUGCGAGACAUGUGGUACUGUCAAUGGUGUAGUGAAGAAGGCUGGCAACAGUGCGCUGAAGAUCACGCACGACAAGUUUCGCGCGUUCAACGCCUCUACAUCUGUGAAGAAGGUUCCGCCACCCAGCAAGAUUGUCUUCGAUCGUUCGUUCGAUGAGGCGCGAAACUCGAACGCGGAGGUUGAGAAGCACUACAAGAAGGCCCAGGAUGAUAUGAACGCUCUCCGUGUCUUGAAUCUGUUCAAGAAGAUAUCCGACACCGAUUGCGAAUUGCUUGGACUGAAUCCUAAGGAAGCCAGGCCUGAAAUGUUUCUCUGGCAGUUCAUUCCUGCUCCGCCAGUGUGUAUCCGCCCCUCUGUCGGCCAGGACGCUGCGUCUACCGAAGAUGACUUGACGGCCAAGUUGGGAGACAUUGUCCAGAGUAACAUCAACCUCAAGAAUUCGCUCUUAAAGGGAGCCCCCGUGCAAACAAUCAUGGAAUGCUGGGAUUACAUGCAGCUUCAGAUCGCUGUGUACAUUAACAGCGAUGUUCCUGGUCUCAACAAAGCAGAUCUGGGCAAGCCCAUCAGAGGCUUCGUACAGCGCUUGAAAGGAAAACAAGGUCGAUUCCGUGGUAACCUGUCCGGAAAGCGUGUUGAUUUCUCCGGCCGAACUGUCAUCUCCCCCGAUCCCAAUCUGCGAGUUGAUGAAGUUGCAGUCCCAGAGCUCGUGGCGAAGAAUAUGACUUAUCCUGAAGUCGUCAGCCGAUACAACAAGGAGAAGCUGCAGCAGAGGGUCCGGAAUGGAACGAAAAAAUGGCCUGGAGCGAACUACAUCAUCAAGAAGGGCUCGGAUUUCAAGCUUUUCUUGAAGUAUGGUAAUCUCAAUAUGAUUGCCGAUCAAUUGCAGGAAGGCGACGUUAUCGAGCGCCACAUUGAAGACGGUGAUAUCGUUCUUUUCAACCGGCAGCCCUCUCUCCACAAGCUCAGUAUUCUCUCUCAUUUUGCCAAAGUUCGCCCGCACAGAACGUUCCGGCUUAAUGAGUGUGUGUGCAAUCCGUACAAUGCCGAUUUUGAUGGUGAUGAAAUGAAUCUUCAUGUUCCUCAGACGGAAGAGGCGAGAGCCGAAGCGAUGGAACUGAUGGGUGUCAAGAACAAUUUGGCCACGCCUAAGAACGGAGAGCCUAUCAUUUCUGCUAUUCAGGAUUUCAUCAGUGCUGCCUAUGUCCUUAGCAGCAAGGAUAAUUUCUUUGACCGCCGCUCAUUCACGCAAAUUUGUCUCUAUAUGCUGGGCCCUGAGACCCGAUUCGAUCUCCCUCCGCCUUCUAUCCUUAAACCUCAAAUGAUGUGGACCGGAAAGCAGGUCUUCAAUAUUCUGAUGCGUCCUAACAAGGAUGACCCUGUUAUGGUCAACCUCGACGCUGCUUGCAGAGAAUACAAACCGCCAAAGGAUGGCCGGCCAAAGGACCUGGAUCCGAAUGAUGGCUGGCUCGUCAUCCGUAACUCCGAGGUUAUGUGUGGUGUGAUGGACAAAUCUACGAUCGGUUCAGGAAAGAAGGAUAACGUGUUUUACAUUAUGCUGAGAGAUUACGGGCCCCCUGCUGCCGCCGAGGGCAUGAACCGUCUGUCCAAGCUCUCUGCGCGUUGGUUCACGAACAUGGGAUUUUCCAUCGGUAUCACGGAUGUUUACCCCAGUGAAGGUCUGGUUCGCUCGAAGAACGAGCUAGUCGAGUCUGCUUAUGCACAGUGCGAUGAAGUCAUUGCCAAGUAUAAAGCCGGUACCCUUGAGAAAUACCCCGGUUGUGAUGAAUUGCAAACUAUGGAGAACCAACUGUCCGGUAUUCUCAGUAAGGUCCGUCAACAGGCAGGUGACGAAUGUAUCGCUCAGCUUAGCAAGUACAAUUCCCCCCUGAUCAUGGCUACGUCGGGUUCCAAGGGUUCGAGCAUCAACGUGUCGCAGAUGGUUGCUCUCGUGGGUCAACAGAUUAUUGGUGGUCAACGUGUGCAGGACGGUUUCCAGGACAGAACGCUGCCUCAUUUCCCGAAGAACGCCCGUCAGCCCCCAUCGAAGGGUUUCGUGCGAAACAGUUUCUUCUCUGGUCUUGAGCCUACUGAGUUCAUCUUCCACGCCAUGUCCGGUCGUGAAGGUCUGGUCGAUACUGCCGUCAAGACAGCAGAAACUGGUUAUAUGUCGCGUCGUCUCAUGAAGUCUCUGGAAGAUCUGUCCAGCAGAUACGACGACACGGUCCGCAACUCGUCUGACGCUAUUGUUCAAUUCCAGUACGGAGAUGAUUUACUUGAUCCCGUGGACAUGGAAGGUAAAGCGAAGCCUGUCCACUUUGAUCGCACAUUCAUCCACUCUGAAUCGAUCACGUACGACAACGACGAGCGGAGUCUGCUGCCUCAUGAGAUUAUGGAGGUGUGUGAGGAGAUGCUUUCGAAAGAGCGGGCGAAGCUGGUCCGCGAAGAUCUGAUGGGCAAUAAGCUGGGUUACAUGGAUCGGAGCGACCAUGGUAUCGAUCAAUUCGAAAGUGCUCGUGAUUUCCUUGACUCCAUCCAGCAAUACAUCUCUACCAAAGCCGACAAAUUGAUUUCCCGGGGAGGUGAUUUCGACCCUUCGGACGAGAGAAGCCAGAAAGGCUUGAACCACACCGGCAAGUUAACAGAGAAAACGCUCCGGACUUUCAUCGCAGCAUGCCUGUUGAAGUAUAAGCGAGCCCAGGUCGAGCCUGGCCAUGCCGUCGGUGCCGUCGGAGCGCAGUCGAUCGGUGAACCGGGAACUCAGAUGACCCUGAAGACUUUCCAUUUCGCUGGUGUCGCCGGUAUGAGUAUCACUCAGGGUGUGCCCCGUAUCAAAGAAAUCAUCAACGCGUCGAAAGCGAUCAGUACACCUGUUAUCUCGUGUGACCUUGUCACCAAGGACAAUGUCAUUGCCGCACGAAUUGUCAAGGGACGUAUUGAAAAGACGUUCUUGCGGGACAUUAUCCAUUAUGUCCGAGAGACCUGGACUGGCAAGGAGGCUUAUAUCACCGUCAAGAUCAACUGGGAAACCAUCCAGAAUCUGGCGCUUGAGCUUAAGAUCCACCAUAUCGUCGCCGCCAUCAAGAACCAUAAGCGCUUCAAGGCCGACGAUCUGAAGUUCCGGAGCAGCAGGUCACACAUCCACAUCUAUAUGGAUGUUGACCCUGCCAGCAAAGCGUCUUUGUCGAAAACGGAGGUUGCGGCCACGAGUUCCGACCCCUUCCUUCGCUUGAAGCAUCUCAAGCGCAUGCUUCCUGAUAUCCAAGUUCUUGGUCACCCGCAAGCAAGUCGUGCCAUCAUUCGGACGGACGAUACUUCCAGCACCAACACGCUCCUUGUCGAAGGUUACGGCCUCAAGGAGUGUAUGACCACCCUUGGUGUCAACGGUCUCCACACUUACUCCAACAACGUCAUGGAGAUGCGUGAAGUCCUUGGUAUUGAAGCUGCCCGAGUCACAAUCAUCCAGGAAAUCAGCGAAGUCAUGAAGGACAUGGACAUUGAUCCCCGUCAUAUGCAACUUCUCGCUGAUGUCAUGACGUAUAAGGGCGAAGUCCUCGGUAUUACUCGAUUCGGUCUUGCUAAGAUGCGUGACUCUGUCCUACAGCUGGCUUCGUUCGAGAAAACGGCGGAUCACCUGUUUGACGCUGGUGGUGCUGGCCGCACCGAUCUUAUCGAGGGUGUCUCUGAGUGUAUUAUCAUGGGCAAGACGGUCAGUCUUGGUACGGGCGCUAUGGAGGUCGUGCGUAAGAUGAACUUCUUCGAGGGCCAGAUUGGCAAGAAGAAGACCACUUUCGAAGAUGCUUGGAAUGAGGUCUACGAAGAAUCGUCCACGAGAAAGGUCAGGAGAAGAAUCCGGGCUUGA